AUGCCCUUCUCCACGGGAGAGGAGAACUUGCUGCAGCUGAACCAGGAGGACUUUGACUUCAACGUACAAUUCGAGCAACUUUUUUUCUCCAUCAUCCCGUCGGCUUUGUUCAUCGUAACUUCAUUAUGGCGGACGCUAUCCCAGGCACGGAAGCCCACCGUGGUGAAUGCUCCGUUUUUUCAACUUGUCAAAGUGGGUGCCAUAACGACCUAUGUCGGGCUUGAACUGGCACUCCUCAUCUUGGUUGCGGUUGGAUCGUUCCAUGUAACCAGCAUUUUUAUCGCUUCCUCGGUCCUUAAGCUUGUGUCAGCCUUUUUCAUGAUCACGCUGAGUCUUGUUGAUCACAGCAAGAGCCCAAGGCCGUCCGUGCUACUGAACAGCUACUUGUUUUUGACUCUUCUCCUAGACGCGACGCAGGCAAGAACACUGUUCUUGUCAUCGGGCGACAAGCCCGAGCUCACCUACAGCAGUCUUUUCAGUGCUGCUAUAGCUGUAAAGGUUGGAAUAUUGGUGUUGGAAGCUCAACGAAAAUCCAGAUGGGUGAGCUGGGAUGACAAGGAGCACAGCCCAGAGGAGACGAGCGGCAUCUUCUCUCUUGGGGUUUUCUUCUGGCUCAACAAGCUCUUCCUGGAGGGAUACAACAAAAUUUUGACGAUAAAGGACCUUUACCCGCUUGAUAGCACUUUGGAUGGUAGAUCGCUCCACGAGGAGUUCUCCAAGCACAUGGAUUACUCUAAACUGAAGGGCGACAAAUUCGGUCUUUUGAAGGUGCUGAUGCGCACGCUGAAAGUGCCUCUCCUGCUUCCAGUAUUUCCACGCCUGGCGCUUCUCGGUUUCACGUUUUGCCAGCCUUUUUUCCUGGAAAAGCUGCUGCAUCACCUUGCAAAGUCUGAAGUUGACGCCAACGUUGGAUACGGCUUCAUCGGCGCCAGCGUCUUGAUUUACUCUGGCAUUGCCAUCUCCACAGCCCUCUGCUGGUAUUUCCACCAUCGAAUGCGCGCCAUGGCAAGGUCAAUACUAGUUACCGAGACCUUUAUCAACGCCACAAAAGCCCCUCUCGGAACUGGUGACGACAGCGCUGCCCUUACUUUAAUGAGCACUGACAUAGAGCGAAUCGACAUGGGAUUCAGGCCGCUGCACGAUAUUUGGGCCAGCAUUAUCCAGGUGGCUCUAGCUAGUUGGAUGUUGUACAACCAACUUGGCGUCGUCUUCGUCGCACCAAUUGGCGUUGUCAUAGUCUGCUUCACAGGACUGGUGAUUUUGAUGAAUUUCACUGGGGACUCUCAGAGGGCCUGGAUGGCAGGAGUCCAGAAGCGUGUCGGUUUGACGGCCACGGUCAUCGCCAGCAUGAAGAACCUGAAGAUGUCUGGCCUUUCUGUUGCUGUCGGUGACUUUGUGCAGAAGCUCCGUGUGGAUGAGCUGGCAUCGGGAUCGCGAUUCCGCAAGAUCGUCAUCAUUGCGGCGCUCUUCGCAUUCAUUCCCCUGCUGGUCAGCCCGCCACUGACCUUUGCAUUCGCCCAACGGACACUCGAUGCCGCCAAGAUGUUCACCAGUCUUUCAUACCUUUUGCUUCUGACGAACCCGUUGUCGCAGAUCUUCCAAUCUGUCCCCCAGGUCCUCUCUGGGCUGGCCUGUUUGGGCCGAAUCCAAGCUUUCUUGGAGUGCGAGACCCGACACGAUUUUCGACAAGUUCUUGCUGAUAUGAAACGGAGUUCGGAGAAGACACGAGAGGAUACCGACUCAGAUCUGAACUUGGCGCAUCCUGUUGUGAUCGAGAACGGAAACUUUGGCUGGGAAGCAGACAAGUUCGCCCUGCAGAACGUCAACACUCGAGUAGUCAAGUCCUCGCUCACUAUAGUCAUUGGACCAGUUGGCUCGGGGAAAUCUACGCUCUGCAAGGCACUCCUUGGAGAGAUUCCUUUCAGCGAAGGCAGUGUCAUUCUGAGCACCAGGUUUCCCCACGUUGGAUUCUGCGACCAAACAGCAUUCCUCUCAAACGGGUCGAUCAGAGAGAACAUUAUAGGAUUCUCUCCAUUCGAUAACGAGAGAUAUUCUGAGGUGAUCGAGGCUACUGCUCUGGGCUUCGACUUGGACACACUCCCACAAGGCGACAGAACGAAUGUUGGAUCUGAUGGGAUCACGUUGUCCGGUGGCCAGAAACAGCGCGUUUCUCUCGCCCGAGCUCUGUACUUGCAAUCUGAUUUGCUCGUUCUAGACGACAUCUUCAGUGGUCUAGAUGCAGACACCGAGGAGCAGGUAUUCCGACAAGUCUUCGGACCAGAUGGGCUCCUCCGACGUCGACGUUCUACUGUUGUAUUGUGCACCCACAGCAUCAGGCACUUACCCGCCGCCGACUACAUUAUCGCGCUUGGAGAUGGGACCGUUGCCGAGCAAGGCACAUUCGGUAACUUGGUGACUCUCCAAGGAUAUGUUCACCGUCUAGGGUUGAAAAACUCUUCUAACAGCGAUGCUUCGUCGGAGAAAACUGCGUCAAAGAAGAGCGUCCGAGAAUCGAGGCCGCAACUGCUCCGCAUGACGACGACCAACGCAUCAACCCUGGCGUCGGAAACAGAUGAAUCGCGGAAAAUGGGCGAUAAAACGGUAUACACGCAUUACUUCAAGAGCGUGGGGUGGGCCGUGGUAGGGUCUAGUUUGUGCUUCUCUGCUCUUUGGGGUUUCUUCACCAACUUUCCAACAAUUUGGCUCACAUACUGGUCUGAUGACGUCUACUCGGAACAUCCGACUCACAGUUACGCUUACUACGCCGGGAUAUACGGUUUGCUUCAAAUUUGCGCCAUGCUAUCGCUACUCCUUCUCGGUAUCGCGAUUUUUAUAGUCUCUGUGAGGAGAGCGGGCGCGAGUCUCCAUCAGGAUGCUUUGCGAACACUGAUUCGAGCACCACUCCGCUUUUUCACCGCAACGGACACUGGCGUCGUGACGAAUUUGUUUUCACAAGAUCUGAAUCUUAUAGACACAGAGCUACCAAAUGCACUAUUGAACACUUUGUUUUCCGUAUUUUCAGCACUUGGACAAGCAGCAGUUAUGCUUACUACGUCUCCGUAUAUGGCCAUAAGCUACCCGUUCCUCUGCAUCCUGAUGUAUAUCGUGCAAAGGUUCUACCUACGGACUUCCAGGCAGCUCAGGUUACUGGACCUUGAGGCAAAAAGCCCCUUGUACACGCAUUUCCUGGACACUGUGAAGGGCAUUGCAACCCUGAGAGCUUUCGGAUUUGUUCCUGAUGAUAUCCUAAAGAACGCUCGCUUGAUCAACUCCAACCAGCGACCCGCAUAUCUCCUGGCAAUGAUUCAACAGUGGCUCAACCUCGUUCUUGACCUCGUAGUCAUGGUAAUGGCUGCGGUCCUGACGACCCUUGCGGUCCGACUUCACUCCAACGCUGGGUUUGCCGGCGCUUCCUUGGUCUCCCUGAUGAGUUUUGGAGAGAACCUUUCAGGCAUUGUCAUAUUCUACACCAAGCUGGAAACCUCCAUUGGGGCGAUAGCCAGACUCAAGGCAUUCAACGAAAACGUAAAGCCUGAGGACAAAGAUGAAGAGGACAUUGUUCCUGCCGAAGAGUGGCCGCAGCGUGGUGUGGUGGAGUUGAAGGGUGUAUCCGCGAGUUAUGAUAGUGCGGAAGACCAAACUGAGGGCACACCUAAGUUGGCCCUCCGUGAUAUCAACCUGACGAUCACCUCGGGCGAGAAAGUCGCCAUCUGUGGUCGCACUGGCAGCGGCAAGUCCAGUCUUGUCGCUCUUCUCCUCAAGCUCCUCGAUCCACUCUCGGAGACAUUAGGAAACGUGGUAAUCGACAAUACGCCGCUCCACCGCAUUAACCGGCCCGCGCUGCGUCAACGCAUAAUUGCAGUACCUCAGGAAGCUGUAUUCUUGCCUGAAGGGUCUACUUUCCAAGAUAACUUGGAUCCGUUCAACGUUUCAAAGCCUGAGGAGUGCCAAUCCGUCCUUGUGGCCGUGAAGCUGUGGCAAUUUGUCCUGGAGCGCGGUGGCCUAGAUGCAGGCAUGAAUGCGGCGACUCUUAGUGCGGGACAGCGGCAGCUCAUGUCACUUGGGCGCGCACUGCUGAGACGACGCAUCCGGGCGCGCAAUCUGGGCUUGGGAGCCGGUGGCUUAGAGGGCGGCAUACUGUUGUUGGACGAGGUGAGCUCGAGUGUCGACCACGAGACAGAGCACGUUAUGCAGGAGAUUAUCAAGGCUGAAUUUAGCGAUUACACGGUUGUGGCGGUUAGCCAUCGGCUGGAUAUGAUUAUGGAUUUCGACAGGGUCGUUGUCAUGGAUAUGGGAGAGAUUGUCGAGAUUGGGAAUCCCAUGGUGUUGGCUGCAGAGGAUGGAACUAGGUUUGGAGACUUGGUGAAGGCUGGGGCGAAGUAGAUGCGCAUGUUAGAGAGCGAAUCAGCACCGCAUCCAUUGCUAAUGUUAGUAUUUUGGGAAUGCGAGGCUGGUGUUGGAAAUAAUACACUUCAAAGACCUGCAAAUAUAGCAAUUCUGAG